GUACUUAAGUUUAUUGGCAUAGUAAAUUAUUACUAAUAUAUAUAUAAUGUUUGUUUUAUAAUAAAAAGUAUAGUGUUAACUUACUGAAUCUAAUAUAUUUUGGUGCAAUAAAAGUUAAUAUAAGUGAGAUAAAUAUUUAUAAUAGUGUAAACAAAACAAAAAAAAAAGAAAAUAAUUUUUUUCCGAAGCAAUAAAGUUAUUAAAGAAUAAUAUUAUGGACGAUUGUGUGUAUUGUAGAACUGGACCGUCGGACCAACGAUUUUAACUAUGGUAAUUCAAUUUUAAUCAAAUAAACAACUAAAUGCGGUGUGUAGCACUACAUAUGUUAAAAUAUGUAUUUGAGCAUGAAAAAGCAAUUUUACGAAACAAGUAAUGAAAAUUACUUUGGUUCAUACAAGGUUGGCAACACUAUAAUUAUACCAAAGAUUUUCAGAGGCCACGGAAAUCUGUCUGCUGUUGCGUACGGGUCCCACGCCACUGCCGGGGCCUGGUGGGGGCAGCACACACAUUCACAUUCCACUGGUGCUGCCAUGUACGAGGACACUGCAGGACAAGGAUCAGAAGGACACAGCCCACCCAGCAUUCAGCAUCAAACACAAUCAGCUAACGGUCAUAUCGUACCACAGCAACAACAACAACAACAACAGCAGCAACAAAGUAAUUCAUCAAUCGUUCAACAACAAGGCACAGUGGCGACUGGUCAAACACAAAUCGUGGCGCCGUCGACGGCGAGUGAAUCACCAGCGAGUGUUAGCUCGCAGCCGGCAGGACCACUUCACAUACCAGCCAAACGUCCCGGUUUCGAAACGGAUCCGACCGUCAUAAGACAUCCCCAUCCAUGGGGAUCAUACGAAGCGGGUUUCGAUUCGCAGUAUCAUUCUCAUUCCCAAUAUUAUUUGGAACGAGAUCGAAAACCAGUAUAUUAUGGUUAUCCGGAUGGCGCACAAUUUCCACAGCCAUACUGGAACUAUCGUGAUCAACCAUCCUACUUACCAGAUGACCGUCACGGCGCCCGACAAUCUGUUGAAGGUGGUUCGCAGUCAAGCUAUGAAACCGGCUACACAGCAGGUGGAUUGAGAUCAUAUGCAGCCGAAGCAUAUUCUGCUGCAUCAUCUUUAUCAGUUGGAGUUGGUGCAGUUGGCUCAUGCACUCCAUCCAAUCCACUUGAGUGGACCGGUCAGGUUACUGUUCGAAAAAAACGUAAACCAUAUUCCAAAUUCCAGACCUUGGAAUUGGAAAAGGAGUUUCUUUUUAAUGCUUACGUAUCAAAACAAAAGCGAUGGGAGCUUGCUAGAAACUUGAAUCUAACUGAAAGACAAGUCAAAAUAUGGUUCCAAAAUCGUCGUAUGAAAAAUAAAAAGAAUUCUCAACGUCAAUCAUCAUCACAAAAUAAUAACAAUAACACAAAUAGUAAUCACAACCAUGGACAACCGCCACAAACUCAUCAUAACCCGCAUCAUUUGAGUUUAGGACUGGGCAUGGCACAUCAUGCUCCGAAAAUGCUUCAGUGACCAUUAGAAAAUGACAGCACCAUGGGAUUUCCGAACUUCUAGUUACAUGACCAAAAAAAGAGAAGAAAGCUAAGAAACGAAACAGUGCAAAGAAGAGAACAGAAAAUUAACACACAUAAAAUUAAAAAAGAAAAACUUGAGAUUGCAAAGUGUUCGAUUUUUGUUCUCAGAUGGAAUUUUAAUUUUUCAUUUUUCUUAUUUUAUCGAUAAAUGUGUGAAUCCCCAUUUACUGAGUAAAAUAAAAAUCUAGUACUUUGCAUGAUAUACACAAAUAUGCUGAGUAUUUUCUUAUUCACUGUAUUUUGACCGGCGAUCAGAGGUCGUGGUAACUACAACGUGAAAUUCAGAAAGAAGAAAAUUGAAAGGAAAAUGAAAAUUGACCGAAAAAAUUUACAUAUUGUAAAUGUACAAACGCUCGUUAGCAGCGUCCUUCAAUGUUACAAAAACUUGUUUUGUAAAAUGAAAACAAACGAGAAAGAAAAAUUAAAUAAAAAUGUAAUUGCAAAUUAAAUGAAAAUAAAAUGAGAAAAGAAAAUAAUAUUAAAGUAAAAAUAGUAGCCAUUUUAAAGAAAGAUAAACAAAAAAAAUAAAUUUAAAAAAAAAAACAUAAAAAUAAACAAAACAAUUUAAUGUCGUGACAUCUCAUGUUUGUGCUGGUUUUAUUUAGGUACUAAAUUUAUUUGUCUCAAAACAUAUUGUAUAACAAUAGAAUUAUUAAAUGAAAGUCCUUUUUGUACAUAAGUAACUUAGGUGGCCCCUCUAAUUAAUAAACAUUAUAAUAAAAAUUUAAAUGAAACAAAAAAAAAAUUGAAUAAAAAAACACAUAAUUAUAUAAACGAAGGUAAAAACAUACUUGAUAGACUUCAUAAAGAAAAAGAAAAAAAAAACAAUGGUACAUUUAUAUAAUUAUAACGUAUAGAGAUUAAUAAUAUACAAAGCAAUUUUCUUAUAGAUAAUUUGAAAUAUUUGUGGCGGAAAAAAGAGCGAGUGUUUUUCACCAAAAAAAAAUAAUUUUCAGAUGCAAAUCACAUAACCAGGUAAGUUUUAUUUGAUUGGAUGAGUUCAAUUUCUACAUUUUUUAUUUUAUUUUUAAAAUCUAAUUCAGUGCAAACAUCAAAAUUCAAUUUUUGAGUCAAAGACUUUUAAAAUCUGAAUUGAAGUGCCGACUUAUUUUUUGAAAGGUUUUCAAUUCGUUUCAGAAAAAUAUUUUCAUUUUGAAUUCGUAAUUUUAGAAAAAAAAAUCUUUUUUUUUGCUUUGUUUUCUUUCCUUUGAUUUUAUUUCGGUUUAGCUUUCAUUCGAAUUUAUCGACUCGAGAGUUUAUUCAGACAUAUAAAUUACACAAAAUGACUAAAGACAUUGUAAGUAAUUGUCGACAUAAAAAUAUCAAUGCUUUGCUAAAUUACGGCAUUUUUAUAUAAAAAAAUAUAUCGGACGUCAAUUCACACUGGCAUCGGCCAGUCACCCGAAUCACUUUUUAAUUACUCCCGUUUUCAAAUAAAUUUUUUCCCUCAAAUUACUAACGAUGACCCAAUAAAAUGUUAACGACGCGACGCUUCUCCUGUUCGUUAAUUACCAGUUAUUAGUUCCUGCAGGAGGUAUGCACAACAGAACAACAAUUUCAAUCUUAUUCGUUUUUAAAAUGAUUUACUGAGAAACUGAGACAGAGUACAAGGCAAGGUUCAAACGAAAUUUGAACGACGAACCUUCAACAAACUAAAUGAUGAAGCUUCAUUAUGUGCGAUACGUGACAGUCUAUUACGCCUGGGUUAUCAAAGUAUGAGUCAGGCGAAUAUUUUAAUAUAUUCUUAGUAACUUUCGCUUUGAUGUCCAAUCGGUACCUGCAACCUGCACAAUGAUUUCAAAUAUUGGAUCCUUUUUUGCACAUUCUGUUGAAUAUUAACAAUUACAGUAAAACUUGCAGCCAAAUUAUAACUUCCAUUGCCGAAAAUGCUAUGUACUUGGACAUGUUGAUGCAUGGGUAAGUUACUGAUGAUUCGGUUUCAAAUAUGAAUUUUAACUGUUCAAUGGUGUGAGCGUCUUAAAAAUUACUUUUGUGUUUUACAAAUUUCAUCAAAUGUAACAAAAUUCAGUGAUUAACUCCGGUUAAUGCUGUUCAGCAACAAUUGCUUAAUUUCGAUCUUUUCAAUAUCGUUUCGGAACCCUUUAAAUCCAAUGGUAUAAAUAACAAGCCAAUGUGUAAAAAUUGAUAUUUUUAUGUGGGAAUGUUGCUAUUUUAAAAAUUAUUUUGUGUAAUUGAUUGUAAAUCGAUCAGAUUAAGCCUGACGGUUUAUUCGUCCGGUGAGUGAAUCGCUAUUUCUGUUAAAUUUUAAAUAUUGAAUAGAAUGUUGAGUUGAUGUUCGGUUGAACAUACCGAUCAGUAUUGAAAGCCUAGUAAAGAAUAAGUUGGUAAAUUACUCUUUUCUUCGGAAUUUGCAAAGUCUUUGACUGAAACUUAGGUACAAGUCCUCAUGCUAACAUAAAACAAAAUUUUUUUCCUUUACGACAAUCAUUUGGAUUUGUUUUCUUUCUAUUAAAAUACUGAAAAUUUAUGCAAUAAAUAUGCAAAAUUCUGUGUGUACGAGAUACAUCAACGAUGAUGAUGAAGCCAUUUUGCGGUAAUAGGUCCAGUUGAACUAACAACAGUUUUGUGUUGUCGUCCCAAGACAUUUUGCAUCAUUUGAAAACAUUAUUUAUCCAAGAGAUAUUCAUGUUUUCCAUAACAAAAAAAUCGCUGCAACUAUAGUUCACAUUUGUCCAUUCGAGUACAUAAAUGUUGGCACGUUUUCGAAGAAAUAAAAGCGAUUGCAAUAAAUUUUGCAUCCGAAUGUCGCCGUUGUGUAUGGAUUCUCAUAUUAUAUAUGCCACAGCACAUUUUUCAGCAUAUUUUUGUACUUAUUAUUAUAUGAUUUGCAUCUGAAUAACGAUUUCAAUCAAAGUUUUGCAUAAAUUAAAAAAAAAGAAGAAAAAAAUUUCAAAUUUAUUAUAAUGAAAAAGAUUGAAUAUUAUUGAUGAAAAUAAUUGUAAUCCCAGUAUGUGUAAACGUUUAUAGUUUAAUUGAAUUUUCUUAAUUAAUUUUUUAAUGUUUUUUUUUAUUAUUAUAAAAGAAUGAUUUUUUUACAUGUUAUGUAUUGCCAAACAUGUUUAUAUUGUUUUGUGAUUUAAUUAUAUUAAUUAUUCUGCAUAUAUUAAUGAUUUAGUGUUAUUUUUUAUCGGAAUUGAAUAUUUUCUGUUCUUUAUUUUUUUUUAUCACCGAACAGUUUUAAUGGUCUUCGAAAUAGAUUGGUUCAAAAGAAAAUGUUUUCAUUUUUCUCUCCUUUGCCCUCUAUUUUUCUUCUCGUUAUUGUUGCACAUGAUCAUUAUUGAUCAACUGAUUACAACUGCACAGAUCUUGUUUUGUUUUAAAAAAACGUUUUUUUAAAUUGUCGUUUAGUACAACUCGAUUCCAAAUUCCACCCCAAUGAUAUGUUCGAAUUCAUGGCAUUUGUUUCUUUUCCGGAAUAAGUUGGUCAAAAUUACAAUAAGUAUUACCGUUAUUACCGAUGCUGAUUUUCACCAUAUUUAAUAUUUCAUUCAAAGAAAUAUUUUUGGUCGUCGAACUCCUAAUCCAAAAAGAAAUAAUUGUUCACGUUAGAGGAAAAACUAUUUCCAGCGGUGGUGUAAGUAAGUAGAGCUACAUUUUAAUAUGAUUAUAAAUUGCAAUAAGGAGCGCAUGCGCGCAAGGUUUUUUUAAAUUAUCUACCUUAAAAAAAUCAAAUUUAUAAUAAUUGAUAAAAUGAUGAAUUAAAAUAGGUCAACCUUUUCUAUUUUUCUGCUUGCCUCUUUCGAUUCGUAUGUAACUUCAUCGUGCGAAAUUUUUUUUAUAGAGUGACAUUAUACUACAUGCCAUUGUAGUAUUACAUUGCAAUAUGGCUACUCUUCUGAUGUGAAUAAAUUUUUGACAGGAAUUGUUAUUGGAACAUGUAACAUGUAAGCAUGUAACGUAUGUUGCCAAAUUCCCUUCGCUCUGGCUACAUCCAACUCCCACAACAUUUAUCACGCGAGCAUACGAAUGUUCAUAUUUUUUUAUUUAAAUGGGAACGAUCAUUUGACAAAGCGACGUGACUCCUUCGAAUACAUAAAUUCAUUCGGCUAUAUAGAAUCGAUUCUACAUGUCAUUCUUUACCACGCAAUUCCAUUCUGCGUAUCGUGUGCCACUAUAUAUAGUGUUUGUACGUAUGACGUAUUAGUAAAUCAUAAUGUGAUACUCCAACUGCAUUAAAAGUAAUAUUUUCAUAGCUCCGACUGGGAUACUGUGAUAAAUUCUAUAACAAAACAAUAUUACAUUUUCAUUCGAUGUAUCGGGGUAAUAUACACACGCAACGUGUCGAAUAUAUUCAAGACAAAGUUUUUGCAAUAUUUACUAGCCAAUUGCGCGACAAAAUUGAUUUAAUUUCUUUUCUUGCUUCAGACAAUUAAUACAAUGACUCAAUAUUCGAGAAGGGCCUGUUUUUUGGAAUUUUAUUUCUGAAACAAUUCUGAUUUUUUUUAAGGAAUUUUUCGGAAUUUUUUCCGAAUUCUUUGGAGUUUCCGAAUCUUUCAAAUUAAAAUUCACAAAAAUAAAUCCUGUAUUCAACCGGUCAUCCACUCGUACAGUCAUCCUACGAGAAGACAUAUCGCCUUUAAUGAAUUUACAACGCCAGAUUAACCUAAUGUUUCAUGGUGAACACCUCAUCUGUUGUGCAUACUUAAAAACCGCCAAUGCUAAUCGAACCAUUUUCAAUCUCCUUCCAAUUUUACAUUUGAAAUAUUAAUUAUUCUCAUAUAGACUCUCAAGGAGCUUCGUGGCAUUCAAAAAUUGGUACUUACAGAGUCCGUUAAUUAAAACAAAAAGAAGAAUUUACAUUAAGCGUAUGAUAUACGUAUAUUUUAUUCAUUUCGUUUUUUUUUUCCUUUUUCAAAAACAUGUUGAGUUUUUUUGUUUAUUUAUUUUUGCCCAGUGAUUUUUUUUUAGGUUUAGCAUCUAUGUUAUAUGAAAUAAGUGUAUAGAUAAUCGGGGUAUUUGCAAAGUCGUACAUUUAUAAGUCAAAAUAUUAUUAAAAUUACAAAAAAAAAUUAGAAUAAAUGUUUAUGUACUGUAAAUAUUUAAAGAAAAAAAAUGAAAAAAUUAGCAUGCUCAAAAUGUCUAAAAAAAAUUAUCAUUUCAAAUACCUGCUUGAAAAAAAAAACAUUUGUAAUAGAUUAUUGUAGUAAUUAAAGAAAUUAUAGAAAACAAACAGUUACUAAUGGAUUUUUCAAUAAAACGAAUAUGGUACACUCUCUCACUGCAGCAACAUUUCGUUGUUAAUUUGAAUAAAAUAUUCAAUUUCCCAUUUUUUUUUUUCAUUUUAAACUUAUAUUUUUUGUUGAUCAAAAUUCGAUUAUUCAAUUUUAAUCUCUGAAGAUUACCGUCCAAAUCAUUUUUAUUCAGUAUGAACAUAAUGUACUCUCUUAAAAAAAUAAUAUAAAACACCGAAAAAAUUUAUUAAUAUAAACAAAGACAUGCAAUUAUCAUCACAUUAUUACAAAUUAUAUCCAACAAUUGAAAAAAAUUGAAAUAGUUGCGUCAUCAUCUUAAUUUUUCAUUUUCUUUUUUUAUCAUUAUUUCAAUUUGGUUUUUUUUUACCACACAAUAUUUUUCAAGACAUUGGUACAAUAAUGUAUUAACCGUACUAUAUUUAGUAUUUAGUAUAAAAAGACUUUUUUUUGUUAUUCUGAAUUAUUAAGUAAGUAAUUAUUAAAUAUUAAUUAUAAAUGAAAAAAAAAUUAAAUUAAUUUAAAAACAAAAAAAUAAAUAAAAAAAAUCAAAUAAAAAUAUAGUCAUAAUGUAUAGAUUUUGUGUUCAAUAUAUAAAGCUAUUUCAAGUAAAUAAAGUUUGUUGUCAUUUUUUCUUUUUUGGUUUAUAUAAAAAAAACAAUAAAGAACAUUUGGAGUAACGAAUAUAUAGAUGAAAGAAAAAUGAAGAAAACUAAAAUAAAUUCAAAAAUAAAAAAACGUUUCAAUAACUAAUCUAUAGCAAACACCAUUCUAACCUCUCACAAAUCGAAUUUAUUACUAUAAAAGAAUGUGUUGAAUUGAAACUCAAGAACGAAAGUGAAACAAAAAAGAAUAUGAAAAA